AUGGAGGGUACUGCAAAUUUGGUGGUGUAUCGCAACGGUGAGAUAAUACGUAAUACUCAUGAGGGAGUUCGGUUUGUGUGCCAAAAUCCGUUUUCGUUUGUGGUUCCAUGCACGAUGACGUUAAUGGAGCUUCAGAAUGGUCUCUGUCAAAGCAUGGAGAACAAUACGUCAAUGAGAGUGAGCAGAAUACUGUACCGGAAUCCGGUUAUAGUUUUUGGUGGUUUAAUACAGUUUGAUACCAUGCCAAUCACAGACGAAGUGAGUAUGCAGAAUAUGUUUCAAAUUCACCGGCAGACUCAGAUGCGACAGCCACAGAUUGAGCUGUAUGUUGAGUUUGAAACCGUAGAGGCGGAAGGGACUCAAAAUGAUUUAGAGGUGGCGGAUGAUAGAAACGCAGUGUAUGAGGGAAUGAAUAGUGACAGUGACGAGGACUUCGAAGCCACUUAUGAAGCCGGAGAUGAGGAUGAGGAUGGUGAUGUGGGAGUUGAGACAGCAGCGGAGAAUGUAGUGGUUCAUCCCUCGACCAGUCAACCGAUGAACGUGCCAAGUUUUAUGCGUGAGGUGGAUCUCGACGCCAUGCAUGCACCGGAGUUUCCGGAAUAUUCAAACAUAGGCGUUGCUAAUCCUGAGGAUGGAGAGUUUCGGAUUGGAAUGGAAUAUGGUUCUAGAAAGACGGUCGUGGCAGCAAUUAGAAGUUACACUAUCGCUAGAGGAGUUGACUACGACGUGUAUGAGUCUGAGCCACAGACCUUCUAUGCAAAGUGCAAGAUGUAUGCGCGCGGGUGCGAUUGGCUUAUCCGAGCCAGCUUGAUAAGGAAAAAAGGUUGUUGGGAGAUACGCAGAUACAACGGUCGGCACACGUGCUCAAUGGGAAUGAUUUCACAGGAUCAUUCGAAAUUGGACUCGGAUACAGUUGCGGAGGCUAUAAGGCCAUUGGUCGAGACUGACCCGUCCAUCAAGGUGAAAUCUAUAAUAGCCGAAGUCCAGUCAAGGUUCAACUAUACCAUCAGUUACCGAAAGGCUUGGUUGGCAAAGCAGAAAUCCAUAGCAAAGGUUUUCGGUGAUUGGGAGGAGAGUUACCAAGCCUUGCCAUGGUGGCUCUCGGUUAUGGUUCAGAAGAUGCCUGGGUCAGUUGUCCAAAUAGAAACACGACCACUAUUCAACGGGAAUGAGGAGGCGCAAGGGGUAAAAAUACUCCAUCGCGUAUUCUGGAGUUUCAAUCCAUGUAUUAGGGCAUUCAGGCAUUGCAAGCCCCUAGUUCAGGUUGAUGGCACACACCUAUAUGGCAAGUACAAAGGUACACUUCUGGUCGCUGUUGCACAAGACGGGAACCAGAACAUUGUGCCUAUCGCUUUUGCCUUGGUGGAAGGGGAGACAGCCGACGCGUGGCACUUCUUUCUUAGAAAUCUGCGAAUGCAUGUUGUAAGAAAAGAUGGUGUGGGAAUGAUCUCAGACCGGCAUGAGUCAAUUCGGGCAGCAGUGAAUCGUUCCGGAGGUGACUGGCAACCUCCAAGGGCAUGGUGGAUGUUUUGUAUAAGGCACAUCGCCAGCAACUUCCUACGAGCAUUCAAAGUCCCUCACUUGCAAAAGCUUGUGGUCAACAUCGGGUAUUCAAGAACGGUGGAGGAGUAUAACAUCAACUAUAAAAGGUUGGAAGAGCGAGGCGAGGCAUAUGCCAGUGCCGAGAGUCACGAACGCAAGCGUGCUGGAUUUACCUAUUCCGCAUUUGCACAACAGCGGAUUGAGGCAAAUAUGCAUCAGGCUGGGAAUAUAGUUGUGCACCGGUUUGACAGACGGAAUGAGGUAUUCGAGGUGCGCGAAAUGACUAGCGGAAAGGUGUUAGUGGUUGAUCUUGCGCGACGGAGGUGUGACUGUGGGCACUUUCAGGUGGAAAGAAUACCAUGUCGCCAUGUUAUUGCUUGUUGUGCUAACCAGCGUCUCGAUUGGCAGCUGUAUGUGCAUGAUGUGUACAAGAUGACAGAGAUCCGUAAGGUAUAUAGAUUCGAGUUCACACCAUUAGGUGAUGCCGAGACAUGGCCUGAUUAUGAGGGACCCACAUUGGUCGCUAAUCCUGCCCUGAGGCGAACGUCGAAGGGUCGCCCGAAAUUGACCAGAUACUUGAACGAAAUGGACUCACGCGACAUGCGUGGUCCUCGGAUAUGUCGUCUCUGUGGUGCUCAGGGUCAUAGUCGGAGUCGAUGUCCUCAGCGUCCUGGACCGAGUGGUGCGGGAGUUUAG